GUCACAUCGUUCUCCUCGACUCCCUCCUCGCGCGAUCCCUCACACUUGCUCAUCCCUCAUCACCAUGCCCGCUGCCGACCCCAAGUUCCUCAAGUACGUCGACGAGCACGAGGACGCGUUCAUCGCGCGCCUCAAGGCUGCCGUCGAGAUUCCUUCCGUGUCGGGUAACCUCGAGUACGCCAAGGAUGUCGAGCGCAUGGCCGACUGGCUUGUUGGCCAGCUCACAGACCUCGGCGUCAAGGCAGAGAAGCGUGGGAUCGGCAAGCACACACUCGAUGGCAAAGAGGUUGACCUUCCUCCCGUCGUUAUCGGCUCGAUCGGCAACGACCCCGCCAAGAAAACCGUUCUUGUCUACGGUCACUACGACGUCCAGCCCGCCCUCAAGGAAGAUGGCUGGGACUACGAGCCCUUCACCCUCACGCCCGACCCCAAGACUGGACGGCUGUACGGCCGUGGGUCGACAGACGACAAGGGUCCUGUGAUGGGCUGGCUCAACGUGCUCGAGGCCCACAAGGACCUCGGCCUCGAGAUGCCGGUCAACCUCAAGAUGAUCUUUGAGGGCAUGGAAGAGAGCGGGUCCGUCAACCUUGACAAGUUCAUUGAGAGCGAGAAGGACAAGUUCUUCGCUGGCCUCGACUGCAUGUGCAUCUCGGACAACUACUGGCUGGACACGAAGACCCCGUGCCUCACCUACGGUCUGCGUGGCGUCAACUACUAUGAGAUUAAGGUGUCGGGCCCCGACCGUGACCUUCACUCGGGCGUGUUUGGUGGUACCAUCCACGAGCCGAUGACUGACCUGAUCCUCCUCAUGUCCAAGCUCGUUUCGCCCACUGGCGAGAUCCUUAUCCCCGGCGUCAAGGAGCUCAUUGCGCCCGUCACCCAGGAUGAGCAGGAGAAGUUCGAGAAGAUCCACUUCCAGAUGAGCGACAUCCAGGGUGCUGUUGGUGGCGACCAGACCCUUACGGACGACACGAUCAAGACGCUAAUGGGCCGCAUGCGCAACCCCUCGUUGUCACUUCACGGCAUCGAGGGAGCAUUCUCCGCACCUGGCUCGAAGACGGUCAUUCCUUGCUCGGUGAAGGGCAAGUUCAGCAUCCGCACGACCCCCAACCUCGGCGUCGAGAACACGACUGAGCUUGUGCUGAAGUACAUUAACGAUGAGUUUAAGAAGCUUGGCUCGAAGAACCGCUGCGAGGUCAGCCUCGGGCACGGUGGUGAGCCUUGGGUCACCGACCCGAACCACUACAACUUCCGCGCGGCCCACAAGGCGACUGUCGCCGUCUACGGGCAGGAACCGGAUUACACUCGUGAGGGCGGCUCGAUCCCCGUCACGCUGGACUUUGCCAACAUUCUCGGCCUGAACAUCCUGCUCCUCCCUGUGGGGCGUGGAGAUGACGGCGCGCACUCGACCAACGAGAAGAUCGACAAGAGCAACUACAUCAAUGGGACCAAGCUGUUGGGCUCGUACCUGUACGAGCUUGCCGCGGAGAAGAAGGACUAGAGAAAGUUUGGCGGCUGUUUGGGAUCGAGCGCAUAGGUCGCCAGAUGUAUAAAUGCAAGCAAAAUACAUGAAACUUAGGGC